AGUAUGGGAGGGCGUGGCCAGACUACAUGUGAGGCGCUAGGCAGUAACAAAUCUCUCUAGCUGGACAAAAUACAACAUGAUGAAUGAAAAUGUGGAAGUUGCAGCACUCAUUCCAAAUCAAAGGAGAUACAAGAAAAAAUGUCGACGCCAAGCCUUUUGCAUUUCAUAUGUGCUACUGUGGGUCGUAUGUGCUUUUGUAGCAGUCAUCACAAUCGGUGUCGUGUACAAUUCCCUUCCAGAGGAUGCCUUAGCUCGAGCCAAUGCAUUGCUUACAACAAAUCCAGUCAUUGAUGGCCACAACGACUUGUCGUACGAGUUGAGGCAUCACUUUAAAAACCAGCUGAAUAAAGUUAACUUGAGAUUGAAUUCCUCUGUAAAUGGCUCAACAUGGCAAACUGACAUUCCAAGAUUAAAAGCUGGAAAACUUGGAGCCCAGUUUUGGUCUUCAUACAUGCCAUGUGCAACUCAAUAUAAAGAUGCAACCAGGACAUUCAUCGACCAAAUUGACGUUAUUAAGCUGUUUGUAAGGAACUAUUCCGAUACAUUUAUGUUUGCGACCAGUGUCGAUGAUAUUCAGACAGCAUAUGACAAAGGCCUUAUAGCUUCCUUGGUAGGAGUAGAAGGAGGUCAUGCCAUUGACAGCAGCCUGUCAACGCUCAGACAGCUGUACAGCCUUGGAGCUCGCUACCUCACACUAACACACAGCUGUAACAAUCCGUGGGCGCACAGUUCCGUUGAUGUUAAUGCAACAGAAGGUCUGAGUGACUUUGGAAAGGCAGUGGUACUAGAGAUGAACAGACUCGGGAUGUUAGUAGAUAUUUCUCAUGUGAAUGUCCCCACAAUGCAAGACGCCAUAGCAACAUCCACUGCUCCAGUGAUAUUCAGUCAUUCAUCUGCCAGAGCACUUUGUGACAAUCCCAGAAAUGUGCCGGAUGACAUUCUUGUCAAGUUGAAAACAAACAAUGGGAUAGUGAUGGUAAACUUCUUUGCACAGUUCAUAAAUUGCACUUCUCCAGAAGACGCAUCUCUAGAAGAUGUAGCUGAUCACAUUGACCACAUUAAAAUGAUAGCCGGAGUGGAUCACAUUGGUAUAGGAAGUGACUUUGAUGGCAUACCCAUGACACCUAAAGGGCUAGAGGAUGUCUCCAAGUACCCGUAUUUGUUCGCUGAAUUAAUUCGGCGUGGCUACACAGAUGAUGAAAUUAAAAAGAUAGCAAGAAAAAACUUGAUCCGUGUGCUCCAAGACGUGGAAAAGGUAAGGGAUAACCUUGCAACUACCUUUCCAAACAACCAACUGAUCGAUCCACAACCCAAUGAAACAUGCAGGCCAGACUUUUGAGUGUUAUGUAUUAUAAUUAUGACUGUUGCGUAUGUACAAAAUUAUAAAGUUUAAUUUGCAUGCAUAAUUAUUAUGACUGUACUUUCAACAACCCAAAAUCCUAACCCUGUCUGCCUGCUGCUGUAGAACAACAUAACUGACACACACAAAAAUAGAAGAAUAGAAGUCUACACAAUUGUAAUCAUUACCUUACACUAGCAUUCAAUAUUAUAUCUAAAGCAACUAUAACAGGUACACUAGCUAUUGUCCUUUCUUUCCUAACUUUGGCUUGUCCACAAACUCAGGUCCAUAGCGAUAGAGGUAGGCCAGAGUUGCAAACACAGCAAGACCCCAAAACAGAAUGUACAGCAGUUGAAACAAUGGGUUAGCUGCAAAAAAAAUUGCAAACAGUAGCCAAUUUUAUUAGCCCGUUAUCAGAAACUGACCAAUGACUUACUGCUUGGAAGAAUUAAAGUCAUAAAGAGCAUUGACAGUCCUAUCAGUAGAACGAUUGGAAGCUGAAACAGUAAAUUUUAAAUUAGAAACAAGUAAUUAAAGCAAUUAACCUCAUACAUUUCUAGCUGGACCUUAAAUAAAUAAUGGCCGCAGCCGGGGGUUGUAAAGUGUAGCAAUUUAAUCACCAACUUACAUGUAGGCAUGCUUUACGGUAGUGCUAGAAAAUGAAUGACAUUAUACAGUAGUACAUUAUACAGACUACUAAAGAAAUAGCAUACUUUUGUAUCGCACAAUUAAUGCGAGGCCUGUACAAUCGGCCAAGGUGUCAUACAGGGGAAGGGGGAUAUCCCCCCCCCCCCUAAUAUUUGCAUUAAGGUAUACUAUAUAGUUGCAUGACUGAGUGUCCAUAGCCACAUACUAACAUGGUAUUGAAAUAACAGUUGACCUUUUUUAGCAAAACUUUUCAAAAGCAUGCCUUAUUUCCCCCUUCUACUUUAAAAUCAUGUAUGACACCCUGAAUCCCCGCCGUGUUUAAUAGUUAUGUUUCGGAGCAUUGGCCAAGAAAAGCAUUAUUUUUUGCUCAGAGUCGCGUCGCUUUUAAUUAUUUCUAGCACUUUAAUACAGUAGAUGGACCUCUCAGGCUAUAGACUGGAGACCACACCUUUCUACCUAGUCUUAGGCCUAUAGUUUUAGGAUUGAAAUUGCCUAAAUUGGGCAGUUGUAUACAUGCAUACAUGUUGUAAAUUAGGACAUAAUUACAUAAUUUCAUGAAAAGCAAAAUGGGUCUGACAAAAAGCAAAGAUAACAAAGCGAAAUGGGUAGACAAUUUUGAAUAACAAGGGGCUUAUGAAGUUAUCUCUAAACAACCAAUGAUAUACACUUGAUGGUACAAUGCAUAGCAUACGGACUGGUUUGUGGGUACUUACAGUUUUGAACCUCCAAGAUCGUUCGACAUGCAGAGGAGAAGGUGUCACAAUUCCCUCCCAUCUGUCCACCUCGUGAUCACCCAGAAAAAGGUUAAUAGAGUCCUACAAUAAUAUAGAAAAAAGCUGUAAGUGGUCUAACUUCAGAAGAUUUCAGUGCAUACACAUUUUACCCAAUUUUCUAUUCUGCAAUAUCCUAAUAUCCUAAUGCUUUAUGAGAGCGGCUAUCGUGUUGCAUAUUUUUGUGUCUCAAUUAAUCCGAGAUUUGCAUUAAUUGCUGUACACUCCAGUCACUAAAAGCUAAUAAUAUAUCCUAUUGGAACCGCGACGAUUGAUCGAGCCCUUGAAUUAUAAUUUAGCAAUCACAGCUCACUGUAAAAAUGUUUUAUAGUGAGCACGCUAAUCUUCUCCAAGAAGGGUGGGCAUGAUUGAAAAGUGUGGUGCUAUUGGGAAUGCAGUCAAUGCAAUUCUUACUUGACGAAACCCAUCAUAGAAGUUGUUGUAAAAAUAGCGAAUUGCUGAAUUGUAUCCAUCCCUCAGCAUACCAGCAUAAGAUCUGCUACCUGUCCUGUUUGGUGAUGUUAAGUGCAUAGAAUGACAGGCAGGCAUCAUGUAGCACACAUUUGUACAGUAUGACACGUCAUUCACAUUACACAUGAUGGUACCUUGUGAAGUCUGUCUUCAAGGCCCCAGUACCAGCAUACUGCUUUGAGCACAUGUCAGCAUUGUCAGCCCAAACUACAUGUAUAUAGCAGCAUAAUACAGUGAAUAAGAAACUACCUGAGCAAAACUAUCUGAUUUUACCGUUCUUGAAUGUCUUUAGGAACUGUUCCUUCUUAUCCAAUGUUUCUUUGUUGCCCAAAACAGAAAGACGCUGUACAGCAAGUACAAGUACAGUUUUCAGCAUACUCUUAAAUAUAUAAAAAUUGUAUGUAGAAGUGACGAACACAUAACACAAUAACAGUAUGUCAUGUAAUCAUUAGUGGUCAACUGAACCUGUAGUUGUGAUUCUAAGCACUUUUGUGCUAGCAUGCUCUGCACCACAUUGGUACGAUCCAGACAGUCAAUGCAAUUGCUUCUGAAGACUCCUUGCUGCACACACACCACAGUCCCACUGGGGUCAGCCAUGUAGAACCUGAAAUAACCACAUUACAAAAUAACCAAAUUUGACGCAUUCAUUAAGUUAUACAUACCCAAAUUCCGUUAGUUUGGGCAGCAAUCGGUCAAUAAGAAUGGAUAGUCUAUGCCAUCGCAUUUUGCUACACUCCUUGUGAAAAUCAAAUGCAUCGUACCUGUAGCACAUGCAGAGAUUAAGCGAUUGUUUUACAGUGACACGUUACAGUCAUCAUGCAAUAAUCAUAUACAUCAUGUACAUGCAUGUACAUGUCACUUGUACCCUCAAUCCUAUUUUGUAAACUACAAGAAAUAAAUUUAACAUACGCUAUGAGGCAACUUGACAUCGAUUUGAUAAAUUUCCCAAAUGUAUCGCCAAGAUUCUUCUCAGACCCUUUUUGGUCAAUCUGGAUAAUCAGUAUUAUGUGCGGUACAACCAUAUACACACACAAUUUUCUUACAAAACUGGGCUACGUGUAGGGGACCAAAUCCCAAACAUCUAUACAUUAAUGAAUGCACAUGCAUGUACUUACCAAAUUGACAGCUACUUGCUGUCCAUAGUACACAAUCUGUUCAUCAAAAUGUUUCUGCAUUGCCUUUGCCUGCAAAACAAAUUUUUGCAUGAUUCUUUUGAGGGAAAACGAGUGUCUACAAGAAACAUAGUAGUGUGUACAUGUAUGUAUACACAAUACUGCUGCACUGUGCAUGCACAAUGAACACAAUUAUGUUUGUACAUGUACGAUUGACAUACAUGGUCUGCGGAUACAUCAACACAUGGAGUGGGCUUGUACUUGAGAGUUGGUUUCUGGGACCAGAACAGGGGAAUCGAUCCACGGGUCUACAAAACCAUUAUAAACAAAUCAUGCAUGUGCACAACUGUUUUACAUGUGCAUGUAGACCCAGGUGUUUUUGCAAGGCGGCUCAGUUUAAACUUCAUGUAGCUGCUUCAGCUGAAGUUUGAGCAUAGACGCUCUAGUUUCUACGUACACCUAAUUAGUGGCAGUGUGUGUACAAAUACAAUAAUACAUGUAUAUACCUGGAUGAAAGAAGUUUUGUUUCCAUUGUAAGAUACAAGCUGCUCAGUUUCUACGUAGUUAGCAACAUUUCCUUCAUCAUCAAGUCCUCUGACAUAGAAUCGAACUCCUGCAAAAAUGAGUUAUCAGAUUUUCACUUUCACUGUGAUUUGGCUGCAUUCUUGACCAGUAGCAUUGACACAGGACAUGAAUACAUACUAAUCACAAUGGACAAAAAUCAAUGGAAGAAUCUAACAAACAGGAAAUUUGCAUAACAUGGAUAAUGACUUACCAGCUCUUCGGACACUUCUUCUUGAGAUGAGAGUAAAGACAAAGGUCUUUGAGUUGACCUUGCACUGGCUGAUAGACACGUUGCCGACCAUGAUAGGCACAAUGAACCUCCUGAGCUCAGGCAUAACAACCAGGUCACGUAGUAGGUGCCCGUUCCACAAGAAUCGUUCAUCUGCCCUCUCAUGUAGUGGGAGAGUGGUAAACGUGCUGCCUUUGGUCUGGCAGUUAUGCUGCACUCGUUGUAGUGAAUUGGUGAGAUCGUGCCGGUAAGAAAAAUAAAAUCCAGGUGUUGCCAGGACUCUACGAAUCAUGGCCAGAUAAGCAUCAUUGUCUCUACCCUGCAAGAAGUAAACGUUUGCUACUUUGACACGAUUGUCUCUCUACUACUCAAAGUGACACGAAUGAUUGUUAUACUAGACCAUCCAUUUAUGAAUUGUUGUACUAAUUACUGGCUAGGUAGCAUCACUUGACCUGGUUGGACCUUCAAUCCCCAUAUAGCAGGUAAUUUUCCGUUCGAGCAAAUUUUUGUAUGAACUACAUGUAAGUUUAAUAUUUUGUAUUCCAAACAAUUAUUUGUACAGCUCAGAAUGGUGACGUAUUGCGCCAGAAUUAGGGAUGAUGCUCUACCUCCGCCACAUUUGAGGUUAAGCCGCCGCUACCAACUAGACUGCCGCCUCCUACUCCUUUUGGCACUACUCACCCCUCAUACAUGUACUUACCAGGAAUAUAAUCUGUACAGCAAUGUGUACUUUUAUGAACAGUAGAAUCAAGACUUUGUGCAACCGUUUAGUCAGUAGAGGAAGUACAAAAGACUACUGCUAUGUAAUAAUUAUAUCUACUCCAUGUAAGUCAAGUGGGCCUGUGUAGGCAUGCUGUAGCUUUUUUCCCUGCCAGGCUCUGCCCAGCUAGUGAUGGCCCACGUUCAUUUUCAAUUGUCUAUCACUUGCCUACCGUCUUAACAAGGCAGGCCUCCUUUUUCUUUGUCUCUUUCCUUCUUUUUUCUUUGUUCCUCCAAUUCGUACCAUAUUUUAUCUUAUUGAACUAUUGUGACAAGGAACAGAAAAAGGAGGCCUGCGAAGGAGGCUAGCUCUACUAUAUAACAAAUACAAACAUUUCUACAAAUAACCCACUAUACAGUAACAGAGAAGAUAACAACUUCGAAGACUUCGAAUCUAUAUAUUGUUACCUGUGGCUCUGAUAGGUGAAUGGUGGUUUUAGUGAACGGGAUGAUAUCAGUUUCCAUUACUUCGUACACCAUAGACCCAUCAAUGUUACCGACUGGUCGCCUCUUUACAGCCACAAUAAGGUAAGGACCUACAUGUACAGCAAAACAUUAGCUGUACUGUAUACUCCGACCGUAUAUUGGAUACAGCAUUCGGCCUCCUGCUAUAAUCUAUUACCAUUUUAAUGAGGAUCGAAGCUAUUGGGUAUACGUACAUAUUUAUUACAGUCAUAAGCACUUACCUGCCACCAAAUGAAUGAUACCCAUCAAUGCUACUAUCCUCCGCUUAUCAUGUCCAUUGAGCUUAAUGUCUCUCUUUGCUGUAUGAAAAAAUUGGUUACACAGUCAUCAAGAUUAGUGUUGAAUACCCGCCUCUAAGCUUUUUGCGUAGAGACGGGUAUUUGAGACUAUCGUAAAACCUCGAUUUAGGGCGACCCUCUAAAUAAGCGACACUUGGACAUUUCGCCCAUAAUAGCUUCAUUUUUUUGUGUACAUUAAAACUUUAGUUUUGCAAAAGGUAAAAGUGUUGCUUUAAAUCGAGUUUUUACUGUACAUCAAGAUUACCAAUUAGUUGCAGGUCAAAGUUCAGUCUGUCAAUCUCCAGUGCUUCGUCAGUGGAAGAAUUAACAGGAACCAGAAAGAAUUUUUCUUGACUGCUUAUCCUGAAUAGACAAAAAAAACAUAUCCACGAGCAAUAAUAGCAUGACUUUGUACCCACUAGGAAAAGACGUUUUCUAGUGUGCUUACAGUUCCAGUUCUUCAUGGAUUAGUGCUACAUCCAUUUUUCAGCUAUCAAAUCGCCGAAUGCAGCAGGUUAAAAUAAAAAGAUGUUCCAAACUUGAUUUUCAGCAUGUCAUGUGAAAAAUGGGGAGGGGUCGGUUGUUGUGUUGCUCACUUUAUGUCCACCCACGUGUACAUAAUCAUGUGUAGAUUCUGGAUUCAUUCUAGAGACAUUUCUAUGCUCUAUUUAUAUUAUCUAUGAUUGAAUGCAAUAAUGAAGCUGAGCAGGUUCUAUGUUUAUCCACCCAGUGUAAGACCUGUGAUUCAAUUGCUGAGAAUGAUCCACUCUAGUCAGCCUCACCUAGCUGGAGAAAAAUGGAGAUUGAGGAAUGGACUCUCUCGUAGUGGAAAUGAAUAUGGCCCUCUAGUAUCAAAACCAGAUUGGACGUACUGUGAUGGGCGGCCACAUCCAGAGGCUAAUGACACGAAACAGAAAGAGAAGUUUAUUCACAGUGAUAGGAUCAAACAGCUGUUACAAGAGACAGGUUUUAAGAUACCUAGCACUGAUAAUACUUGACUAUAGUUACUUGUUCAUUCCUAACCUCAAUUGAACAACAGUUUAGUUCAUUGCUCUACGUUAUUUUUGUUAAUUCAAUUUAAGCAAGAUUGAGUGACACGACAAAUUAACAAUUCCACUGCAUUUAGUGAUUGUUCUGAUUUCACAAACAUAAUUAUAUCAAGUUUGAAGAUCUGUGUUGAAUUCGA